AUGGGUGACGCUCAAAAGAUUGGUUCAACGUUAGGAAUAACGAGAAUAGGCACAUUCACAAGAACGUUACCAGCAACACUCACAUCUGAAUACACGAAGGAUUUGACCACACGAUCGUCGUCGUCGUCGACAAAAACUCCAGCAACGCAUACGGUAUCAGUGGGACCGAAGAGCAGUUUACACGCAUAUGUGCCGAACAGCGUACAAGCCGAUGUUGGCGAUGUGAUCCUUUUCGAAUUCUAUCCGACGAACCAUUCUGUUGUAAGGGCCGAUUUCGACGCGCCGUGUAUGCCGGCCAGCAAGGAUGUGUUCUAUUCGGGACAUUUUCAGCUAGGGGGGUUUGAGAGACCGGCGACAUGGAGAUGGACGGUCAAUACCACGGAGCCGACAUUCUUCUACUGCACCGCCAUAGGCUCAUGCAUGAAGAACGGAAUGGUCGGCGCCAUAAACCCAAACUCCACCAUGUCCAUCGAAGACCACCAAAAGAAAGCCCUAGCAGCCAAAUUCCAACUAGAGCCCUGGGAAACCGCGCCAGCCGAAGGGCGCGAGGGAGGAACAAGUCCCACGCUUGCACCCCCGCACACCCACCCCUUAAGCGGCGGCGCCAUAGCCGGCAUCGCCAUCGGCAGCGUAGUCGGCAUCGCCAUCCUGGCCUCCCUCUUCUUCCUCCUGGGCCGCAACGCUAUCUAUCGCAAGUGGCUCCAUUCUAAAGAUGGGCGCACGGACCGGACGAAACGGUGGCCGCUGCCAUCGGGUAUCACUGGUGGUGGUGGAUUGGGAGGGUGGUCAUCUGGCGGGAAGAGUAAUGGGGGUGUUGUUGGUGGUGGUGGUGGUGGUGAUAUCGGUCUGCAUCCGCCGCCCAGCGAAAUGGGUGUCCCUGCCGUGAAUUUGCAGCCGGGACAUAUGAGCUAUAUCAGUUCGCAGAAUUCGCCACAUAUCACUGGGCAUCUCAGCAGUGUGUUUAUCAAUAAUGGUAAUAAUGCUUCUCCGGGAUCGCAGUGGGGUUGGGAUGGCUCUGGUUCCGGUGAAGCCGGUAAUGUAGGCAAUCUAGCCAAGGUGGGGGACGGGGUGGAAAAUACCCCGCAUGAGCUAGCUGGUGGUGGGGAUACGGGUGGGUUUGUGGAGUUGGAAGGGGGUAUGACUGUUCAUCAUCCCUCUGCGUCUGUGUCUCCGAGUAUCAGAUAG